UCUAAAUUGUGAACAUAUUUUUGGUUAGUGAUAAUUCUUUACCGCGACAAAGGUACGAAGUUAGCCGCGUUGAAAUUCUCGUAUUCUUUUUCCGGUAUAAUAAAGUGCGGGAGUGCCGUAUAAAGUGUCGCGCGUAUUUUGCUAAUUAUUGCAUAACAUAAUUGACUUGUGUUUCCGCGAGUGUUGUGAAGAAGCAGCAAUGAACAAGAAAGAAGGAGGAGGCUUGGAAAGACAUUUGACAAUGGUGGAACAACUGUGGGAUUUAUAUGUAUUGCACUCCGCUAUUACGAGUCAUCGUAUCGGAUUCCUGAUCAAUCAACACCUGAGCAUGAUGCAGGACGCCGAGCAACAACAACCGUUCAACAAUGUAUCGCUAUAUCCGGAACCGCUAUCAAGAUCGGUAGCAAGAUUAUCGGUACUGAAUCAGGACUUUCUCGCUACUCAAGCCCUGUUAAAGGCGGGACUUCCUUUGCAUGGCUUGACCACUUCAUUCUUCAAUCAGAAUCUCUUCGUUGACCCGCGAGAUUGGCAAAGACAGCAGUCGAUCGGAUCUCCACCGCCCUCCUCCGUUCAUCUAUCGCCUGUAGUAUCGCCGGCUCUCAGCACUUCCAGCAAUUCCACAUCUCAGCGCAUCAGCAUUACCGCUGCCAGCGGCAGCAUCAAUGGUGACGACGAGGAUAAUAAUCACAAUAAUAAUAACAACAAUGUGCCGGGCAACAAGAAAGGGGGCAGGAAGAAGAGAAAACCAAUACAGAACCAACCAUUGAACACAGAAACCGUUGAACCACCAAUCGUUGACCAACAAAACGCUUUGCAAAAUGAAGUCGAACUCAACGUCGAACCAUCUCCAACUCCAACUGUUAAUUUCGAGGCAGAAUCUCCAACCGUCAGUCCUGAGGCAACAGAAAAGAAGAACAAGAAACAAAAUUUUGUUUGCGCUGUGUGCCAGAGAGGCUUUGGUUAUAAGCAUGUGCUGCAGAACCAUGAACGCACUCACACUGGCGAGAAGCCUUUCCAAUGUCCAGUGUGCCAUAAAAGAUUUACUCGGGACCAUCAUUUGAAAACACACAUGCGACUUCACACAGGCGAGAAACCUUACUGCUGCAAAUUCUGCCAGCGGCGAUUCGUCCAGGUCGCGAAUCUCCGGCGUCACUUGCGAGUACACACGGGCGAGCGCCCGUAUCUUUGCAGGCACUGCAAUAACCGUUUCAGCGACUCGAAUCAGUUGAAGGCUCACGUAAUGGUGCACAACGGUGAGAAACCGUACGAAUGCGAAAACUGCCAUGGACGAUUCAGAAGACGACACCAUCUGCAUCAACACAGAUGCAACGGCGAUAGUAAUGGCGGCGAUGAAGCGCAAGACUUCGAAACCGAACCGAACGAGAAUGACGAUAUCGACAUCGACGGCGAGGAGCAGGAGGAGCAGGAGAAUAUCUCGCACUCCGCUCAGGAAAUUCUCAAGAGGCCGACUCGUCGUGGAUUAUCCAGAGUCGACAUCGCCGCGCAGAUAUUGAAUCUACCCGGACCUUCGAGCACUCAACCUCCCGUGCCGUCGAUCGUUCUACCCGAGCAAACCGAGCCCGAGGAUCUAUCCAUGUCCAGGUUACGCAGACAUUACUCCAACAGCAGCAACGAUUCGUCGCUGAGCCAUAGCCUCAGCAAAGAUAGCAGUCCCGAACAAGAGGAUGAAAAGUACGAGGCCAACUUGUUCCUGAGACAUACCCGACAUACUGCGUCAAAACGGCAAUCCUCAUCACGACAACCAAGGAGCAACCCUUAACGCCAAUCAAGUGGAGCAUCAGCAUCCUAGUGGAGUUUCAACGGUAGAGAAAGGUAUCCUGUAAUCGCUUUCCCGUAUCUACCUCUUAUUAUACCAUUAAAUUUUGAAAUUUGGGCGAUAAUCACGAUUCUCCAAUUUGCUGAACUAAAUAUAUAGAAUAAAUUUAUUCCCGCAAUUUUAAACAAUUCUUUUUGCGACUGCUAAAAUAAGUCGCAUAAAUAUAUAAAACUAAAAAUCUUUAAGAAUCAACGGAAAUGCGCGAGACAAAGCAAGAAUACGUAAUAGUCGAACUAUACCUGCGCUUGUCUUUCUGUUCCUACAAAAUGGUCGGCACAGUCAAAAGAUAGAUGAAGGUCUAUAGAUAUUAACUCCUUUGAGAGACGGUACCCCCAUCGGGUUAAGCAGACUAGAAAAUCUUGAUCAUGUCGUCCAGUGUCCGAGUCGAUUUAAAAUUCAAGCCGAUCUCCACCUCCAUUAUUUCUCACAGCUUCGUUCUGAUCGCAGAGAAUAAGAUACUCGCAUAAUCGAGAUGCUUCUCCGAUUUCCGCCUGCUAUCCUUCGGACGCGCGCAGCCGGCCCCGUCAACAAUCCCCUUCAAAGAGCCCUAGUUUUUUUAUACUAGUUGACUUCCUCUCAGCCGGUGCGUGUCUUUCGCGUGAACCAGUUUUUCGCGCGAUGCGAUACAUCGGGUCGCGCUAAAAAUUUUGUCGAUUACCGGUCUCGUUUCCUCGAGAGAGAUCUUCGCGCCGUAUCUCCUCGGGAUCCUUUGCUGCUCAAUGUUCGCCUGAUUUAUGUAAGCGCAGUGGUAUGCAGAUUUCUCAUUCUGACCGCUGACUCAAGGCCAUCUAGACUUUAUUGUUUGGUCCGUUUCGGUUACGCAUUUCUAGAGCAAUAUUCCUACACUCCCAUUUCCCAAUUCCCCUUUAGCUUCUUUCGAUGCGGCGAUGAAGCACGAAUGCCUCGAGUUAUAAACUUCACCAUGUCUUUGCGCUCCGCUGGAUAAAACAGAUAGGAAGGAGGAAGAAAGGAAAACAGAAGGUCUACAUAUUGCAUGAAUAUCGUUCGAAAUACUGGAUAGGCCAAAUUGCCCUCGUUUAUCUUGUGACUGUUUCGUUCGACCGUUUUAUAAAGAAAGAACGACAAGCGCAGGUAUAGAUCGACUAUGGCGUCUUUCUGCGUUGUCUCAUAUUUUUGCUGGCUUAAAAAGUAUUUUAUAUAUUUAUGCAAUUUAUUUAGCAGUUUAUGUAGCAAAAAAGAUUGUUU